UGGUGCACCGUGUUAUUGGCGGGGAAACGAAGAUUCUUACGUAUUAAAGCUUUUUCUGUUAAACGAUAGCGAUGUAUUCAUGAAAGAUUAGCAGUUUUUAUAAAGGGUGAAUAUUCUCCACGUAUUUCAUUGUAUAAGAAUACCAACUCAACCCGUUGAAAUUUUCAAUAAAUAAAAGAUGGCUGAGAGACCAGAGGAUCUCAAUCUUCCAAAUGCUGUGAUAACAAGGAUUAUAAAAGAUGCUAUUCCAGAUGGAGUUAAUGUGUCAAAAGAAGCUCGACUUGCAAUCUCAAAGGCAGCCAGUGUUUUUGUAUUGUAUGCUACCUCAUGUUCCAAUAAUUUUGCAUUAAAGUCCAAGAGAAAAACAAUCACAGCUAAAGAUGUUUUGGAUGCACUUGAAGACAUGGAGUUUGAUCAGUUUGUUGACCCACUGAAAGAGUGUCUUGAAGCUUUUAAGAAAAAUCAGCAAGGCAAAAAAGACCAGAAGAAAAAAGAGAAGGAAUCUGUGAAUGUGUCAGGCAGUGGUGAUGCUGAAGAUGAGGGUGUGGUUGUUUUAGAGGAGGAGUCAGGGGAAGAUAAUGGGGAGGAAGGUGGGCAGGAAGGAGGAGGAGCUAUAAAUGGAGGGGAGGGAGAUGUUGUGGAGAUUUCAGAUACUAGUGAAGAUUAGUGGUGUUGUAAAUUGUAAAAAUAAUGAAACAAGUGUCCCUUGAUAUUAUGAAGUGCUGAAACAGUAACUUUAUAAUUGUGAAGAACUGAAACUAUGAAUUUAUAUUGUGAAGACUGAAAUAAUAAUUCCAUAUUGUGAAGAUUUGAAACAAUAACUCCAUAUUGUAAAAAACUGAAAUAUUAACUUAAUAUUGUGAAGAACUGAAAUAAUAAAUUUAUAUUGUGAAGAACUGGAAAGAUAACUCCAUAUUGCAUGUAUUGUGAAGGACUGAAACUGUAACUCCAUAUUGUGAAGAACUAAAACAAUAACUUUAUAUUGUGAAGAACUGAAAUAAUGAAUUUAAAUUGUGAAGAACUGAAAUAAUGACUACAUAUAGUGAAGAACUUGAGCAGGAACUCCAUAUUGUGAAGAACUGGAAAGAUAACUCCAAUUAUGAAGGACUGAAACUGUAACUCCAUAUUGUGAAGAACUACAACAAUAACUUGAUAUUGUGAAUAACUGAAAUAAUAACUGCAUAUUUUGAAGAACUGAAAUAAUAACUCGUAGCAUAGCACAACAAUUCAUUUAGUGUUAAUUUUGAAAAAGACUGACAUGUAAAAAUGUUGACGGCCUUGUAUUUAUUGUAUUACUUGAGGUGUGCUUAACUAUGGUGUGAAAUUUUGUGUUGUUCAUCAUUUUCAAUAUUUUGGAAAAUUGUCAGCUCACCAUAAAUUUUGUUUAAUUUGUUGUUUAUUUAAAUGCAUGUGCGUCAUGUUGAUUGUAUUAAACCCAUGAUAGCUUGAUAAUUUUGAUAUUUUAUUUUAAAAAAACAACAACAAAAAACAUUGAACAUGGGUCAUUAGGUUCAGAAAAGUUCACUGUAGAGUCUGACAGAUAAACUUUUAUUUCAAUAUACGGCAUGUUUUUACUUGCUUAAAGUCUGUAGAGUCAGACAGAUAUUCUUUUAUUCAAUAUACAGCAUGUCUUGUUUAAAGUUUGUUAGGCAGAAUUUCAAUUACUGUGUUGAACUUGACCCUUGUCAAUACCCUGAUUUUAAUUAGUAAUGAUUUAUCUCCAAUUAUACUUAAAUACAAUGUUUUUAAGAUUCUGUGUGAAUUAACAGGAGGGUCAAGUUAUAUGUUUCAGUUUUUUAAGGACAUGCUUUUAUGUUAAUUUGUAAAUGUAUUUAAUAACAUUCAAACACUUGUAAUUAUCAGUUACACAUUAAAGUCAAACUUUCAUAUUCAAAA